AGGGAGGUAAAUAAAGUGGUGGCACCCUGGUUUUCGCGUUCUUCUCGAGCAGCGACGCUCUAAGAGAAAGCGGGAGAGAGAGAUGGGGAGCUUGAAAGAAAUAGUAGACAAGAAGCAGAAGAAGAAAAGGAACAAGAAGGCUAACGAUAGCGAUUUCAGUGAAAAGGAUGUAAUGAUAAAAACAGAGGAUAGAAGGAAUAAAGUGAACAAGUCUGCCGAGAAGAAGAAGAAGAGGAAAAGGGAAAAGGGAAAUAACGUUGAUGGUGGUGAUACUAUUUGGAUCAGUAAAGAAGAUGAUGAGACUAAAGCAGAAGGAGAAAAGAAAAGGAACAAACUAAGAAAAAAGACAAAAAGAAGUGGGGAGCAAAAUAAUGCUGUGGUUGGGAAAUCUGAUCAGCUUGGUGCUGAGUCUGAAGAUGGUUUUAAUGAACUAAAAGGUAAAUCCAAGAAAUCUAAGAAAAAGAAAAGGGAGCAUGACACAUCGAAGGAGGAUGAGAAUAUGCUGGAAAAGAGGGGAGAGACCAAUCAGGAUGAGGCUUGUUGUAUUUCUUCUGGGGAUGAGGACUACUCAAAAGGAAUGAAAAAGUGGCUUACAGAAUAUCAUCAAAGUAGACCAGGUCUGAAGGUGCUGCAACAAAGAUUAGAUGAGUUCAUAAUUGCCCAUGAGGAAAAACUUGAACAGGAAAGAAAAGAAAGAGAAGCCCAAGCUGCAGAAGGGGGAUGGACAGUUGUUAAACAUCACAAAGGAAGGAAAAAGACAACAGAUUCUGAAAGUGGAAUUACCGUGGGCUCUGUUGCUCCAGCUGCUGUGGAGAAUCAGAUGACCAAGAAAAAGCCCAAGGAAGUUGGGCUAGAAUUUUAUCGGUUUCAGAAAAGAGAAGCUCAGAGGAGUGAAAUUAUGGCACUUCGAAGCAAAUUUGAGGAGGACAGAAAGCGGAUUCAACAAUUGAGAGCUGCUAGGAAGUUUCGACCUUACUGAGUGCUGCAGAGGCCAUGCAGAUAGAUACAAACCGGAAUGUGAAGCAUCUAGGGGUUUAAUUCUAAGCGCCUAAAACUUUUGCAUCUGUUAAAUUAAUUAGAGAUCAUUAUCUGCAUUCUUGAGUUAUCAUAACUCUCUACGACAAUGAGCAAUUUUCAGGUGAUCAACUGAAAUGUCAAAUUUUACAAUGUUGCUGAAGCAACCUUUUUCAUGUUAUAUGAUACUUUCUUCUUGUAAA